AUGCCGUGGAAGGUGCUAGAGGUGCUGCUUGUGCCGUUGCUACGCGAAGGGUUAUCAUGUCUGGAGCCUCCUCAGAAUGUUACCGUACUUGUUGUUAACACGAACAUCACUCUGAAAUGGGACUGGGAAAACUCAUGUGGCCUCAGUGUAACCUUUUCAGCACGGUAUGAAGAAACGCCAGAACAUGAGAUGAACCUUGAAAACUGGAGAGUGGUUCCGGAGUGUCAGAAUGUAGUCUCCACAGAAUGUGAUCUCUCAUUACUGAAACUAGAUUAUUUAAGUUACUGUAAUGUGAGUGUAAGAGUGGAAGCCGGGAAAGAGAGUUCUCCAUGGGCCUUUUUAAAUUUUUGUCCUUAUCUUGCAGCUCAGAUUGGUCCUCCAGGAGUGCUGUUGGAAACAGAUGGAAAUCUAAACAUCAAAAUUACACAUCCAGAAGAAGGCCAGUCAAAACGAAUGUGGAUGUAUGACAUUUUAACCUACAAGCUAGCAAUCUGGAAGAACUCAUCAAAACCUGAGAAACAAUACCAGGAUGUUUUUUCAGAGCAGAACCUUUAUGAUCUUCAGCCAGAUACUACUUACUGUUUGCAAGUUAAAGCAUGCCUAGAAUAUCAUAAAGCCUUAUGGAGCAAAACAUACUGUACAAAAACACCCAAAGCUUUGGAUGGUCUGGCUGCUCCCACAAACCUUCAUGUUCAUGCCUUGAAUAUGAAGUGCAUUUUGUAUUGGGAUAAUCUAUACAAUGGAAGUGUAAGCUUCACAGUACAGUGGAUCUAUGCAUACAGAAGGGAGUACUCGCAUGAUUACUCAAAGGAAUGGACCACUGUACCUGGAUGUGAAAACAUCACCACAACACAUUGUGACUUCUCAUCUUCCAUUUCCUUCAGUGGAAUUUUCUAUCUCCAUGUACGUGCCAUGAAUAGCCAUUCCAAAUCACCUUGGUCCAAAGAGCUAAAGUUUGAUCCUUCAAUAGAAAAUGAAAUUGGCCCGCCAAGUGUCAAGGUUAAUGCCAGUGAGGAUUCACUUCGUAUUUUUAUUGUGCCACCCGGAGAAUUGGAAAAUAACUCAAUGAGCAAAUAUUAUCAUUUUAAUUACAACGUUGCCUAUUGGAAUAAUUCUUCAUAUGCCAAGGACAAAGUUAAAGCAACAUCAACAUCAUUCAUAAUCCCAAACUUGUCUCCUUCAAUGGUAUACUGCUUAGAAGCGCAAGCGUUGUAUAAUUCAAAAAGCAGCAACUUUAGCAACGUGACAUGCAUUGAAACUUCCCACGGUAUGGCAUCUUCUCUUGUCAUCUUGAUAGCUUCCUCUGUUGGCGUUGCUGCUGUUGUUGCUGUCUUGCUCUGCACGCUCCGGUAUAUGUGGAAGCAGAUAAAAUAUGCAUUCUUUCCCUCAUGCAAACUUCCAUCAAUCAUAGAGAAGACUGUAAGAAGUGAUCCAAACAGUUCCUAUUUGAUAUCUUCGGAAGAAUCAACAGACAAAUGUGUCCUUGUAAUUGAAAACAGCAUUCCGCAUGAAAUUGACCAAAUUAACUGUAAGGACCACAGACAAUCAGAACAGAGCUGUCGAGACUCAGGAAAUUAUUCCAAUGAUGAUGAUAUUUCUGGAAAUAAAGAAUCACAUGAAAUUAAAGAAACAAAAGCAGUAUGACCCGGACAAUGGAUAGAAGCCCCAGGAUAA